ACUGCUUCUCACCCUGCCACUACAACGUAUCACCUAGUUCACUCCUACCAAUUCAUUCCUAUCAACUAAUUCACCUCUACCUGUUCACCUCUACCAACAACAAACUCACAACCUACCUAGGGAUAUAACCCAAGGCCGGCACGCUACCACCAAGGUAUAAUCUUCAACUCGUCAUAGUCUAUGACAAAUUUUGACACAUUUGACUUCCCUUCACAUUACACGCAUCAUCCUAUUCUCUAUUUGGACGUAUCAUCAUGGCUCCAAGUUGGGAAACUGUGCUGCGCAGGAACGGCCAGUCCUUGCGCUCCCGAAUCAAGGAACUAAAUCACCGUGCUGAAGUGGAUGACAGCUAUUACGAACGGGACAAUCCGUUCCGCCAGAUAGCGCGCGAUUUAGUCACUAGCCGAUACCUUAUAUCACUAGAUGAUAGCAGUUCGGAUCGAGAAAAAGACGUUUCCGUUUCCGUAAGUGAAGCUGGAGAAAUGAACCUGGACCCAGCAGAGCAGUUCGCACAUCCUCGCUUAGAUUUGACUCAUUCUGUCCUUCCAAUUUCUGGCCAAUCUCGGACAGCAACUGUCUCAAUGCUAGAUUACCUUGGCAGCCCCGAAUUCAAAAUUCAUAUUGAGUCCGUAACAGACUCGGGAAUAGAAGCAAAUACUGUCCUUCCUUGCUUAGCCUCUAUAUUAAAUCCAUGGCAGGCCAUCGGCCAAGAGAAACUAUGUCGCCUUGGAAAAUCCAGUUUUCGAGGAGGCUUUCUCGCGGAUCCUGUGGGUUUAGGCAAGUCAUUAACAGCCUUAAUUGCAGCGCUCAGAUUACGUGAUGAGCUUCCCGCGAAAGGGUUCGUACUUGUGGUCUGUCGAAAAUCAUGUACUUUUCAGUGGUACGAUGAAAUACAACGACAUUUCAAAAAGGACCAGCGACCUUCUGCAGUUGUCCUUGAUCGUACUGAUUACCCGGUCCGGCAACUGCUAAAAUUUGAUGUGGUCAUUACGAGCCAUAGCUUCGUGAGGCAACGUUACUUGGAUCUAUAUUUAUAUGAAAGCUUUCACGAUACGGUCUCCGGCAUGUCCUUGGCUGUGGCGCGGGAUGUAUUUGGGGUAAACGGGCUAAAAAAGAUAUAUAUGCCAUUACAUUCACCUCUCUACGAAAUUCUCAACCGGCCGACAUCCGUCCUCAUCUUUGACGAGUCUCAGGACGCAAAAAAUUCUGACACUGCUUUGUGGGCGGCCUUAAAGUCCUUGAAAUACCAGGCCAUUUUUUUACUGUCUGGAACUCCGGCCUAUAAUACUCUAGACGACAUUUAUGGCCAAAUGUCUUUAUUACCAGGCUGCCCGAUCCUAAGCCUACAGCAUUUCCAAGCCCUUUUCAAUACCGGCAAAAUCACAUCUAGCGAAUCGGGAGGCCGAAAUACCUUAGACGACCCUGCCAACUCGCGCAUGCUUCUGCUAAAGAGGUUUAUGGCGGGCAUAUUGGUAGCAAGACCGAAAAAGAUCUUGAAUCUACCGGCUCUGCUCGAAAAGGAUAUUCCGGUCGCCCUGAAUUGGACUACUCACGCGGAGGUACUUUUUGCAAUUGAGCUGAUAGUAUCUCGGGCCAAACAACUCCUUGGCCAGAGUAAAGAAUGUAGCCGGACCCAGAGCAGAAGGUUACGGCGACAAGCCUUUUCGCUCUUUUGGAAAGCACAGUCCUUUUCCUCUAGUCCUCUAUUGAGUUGCAGACUGACUGAAGGUGAAUGGGACCAGACUGAGUAUGCAGCCCAUAUCGAAUCCGUAACCCGCGAAUUCGAUCGUUUCAUUACCAUCAGCAAAGAUUUGAAUUCGGAUUCGACAAUAACUUCUCUGAAUGAAGAUCAGAGAAGAGCAUUUUUGCGGUGGUUGUCUCAACACAGUGGGCCGGGCGGAUCCCAAAGUAGAAACGCUGCAAGGGAUGAGGAAGAGGACGUCUCUAAUGAGUCGUCUGACGAAGAAAGUACUUUAAUAGAGGACUUAUCUUCUGAAUUCGACUCUAGUGAAAAGCCUAAGAGACCACAAUGGCUGACCUAUCUCCAAAGUCGGCCGGACGGGGCGAUCUUCUCGCCUCGAAUCUGCAGCAUCACCAAUACAGUCAAGUCCAUCCUUGAAAAACCUAACGAUAAGAUCAUGAUUGUCUCAAACUACAUCAUGUUUCUAGAUAUAAUUCGUGUAGCAUUAGAACGCAAUGCUAUAAGGGCUAAAGAAUUCAAUGGGACAAUUGCGUCUUCGGAAGCCAGAGCGGAGGUUUUGAGAGAUUUUAACGAUCCUCUAAGCAAUUCGGCUGUACUUUUAUGUACGGUUGGAGCGGGUGGUACGGGACUAAAUAUUACUGGUGCAAACCACCUUUUAAUCAGUGAACCUCUUUGGUCUCCGGGCCAAGAGGAGCAAAUCAAAGGUCGGGUUUAUCGUAUGGGCCAGAGAAAACCAGUAACGGUUUACCAUUUAUAUGCCGAAGAUUCCCGUAUUGAUACGGCCAUCAGAUCGGCAAACCGUGAAAAAGCCGCCAAACGCAACGACCUAAUGCUGCCACUAGUCCGCGACGAUAGGCGGGAGUUUAUCAUACCUAGGCUUCCGACCGUCGAGGAACUUUUCGACUCAUGAAGGCAUAUGAGAGCUUCGAGAGACCAUAAAAAGGAGAAUGGAACAUGGUAGAUAGUGAAGAGGGUAAAGGUCUUUAAUAUAAGUCCCAAUCCCUUUCGGAACUUAAUCUAGUGUCCCGCCAAUUAAACGCAUGUCACAUCUAAUCCUUAUGAAGUUGCCGGGUAAUGUCUAUAAUUUCUUUAGAAGGCUAGCUUUUAUUUAAGAUGCCGUUUCGUAGAAAUUUCCAUGCUCUGCUUAGUACUCGUAC